AUGUCCAAGGUCCCUGCUGCUCUCAACCCCACCGAGGAGGACAUCUCGCUCCUCCUCGCCGCCCAGACGCACAUCGGCACCAAGAACGCCGACAAGCAGAUGGCCCCCUACAUCUACAAGCGUCGUGCCGACGGUAUCCACCUGCUCAACAUCGGCAAGACCUGGGAGAAGAUCGUUCUCGCCGCCCGUGUUCUCGCCGCCAUCGAGAACCCCGCCGACAUCUGCGUCAUCUCGGGCCGUCAGUACGGUCACCGUGCCGUGCUCAAGUUCGCCGCCCAGACUGGCGCCACUGCCAUCGCUGGCCGCUUCACGCCCGGUUCGUUCACCAACUACAUCACCCGUUCGUUCAAGGAGCCCCGUGUGAUCGUUGUCACCGACCCCCGCGUCGACCACCAGGCCAUCCGCGAGGCUUCGUACGUCAACAUCCCCUGCAUCUCGUUCGUCGACUCGGACUCGCCGCUCAAGUUCGUCGAUGUUGCCAUCCCCGGUAACGUCCGCGGCCGCCACUCGGUCGGUCUGCUCUGGUGGCUCCUCUGCCGCACCGUCCUGCGCCUCAAGGGUGGUGACCUCAGCGUGAUGCCCGACAUGUUCUUCUACCGCGACCCCGAGGAGGUCGAGCGCGAGCAGCAGGAGGCCGCCGCCGCCGCUCAGGCCGCCAAGGAGACCGCCGAGCCCGCCGCCGAGAACACCGAGGUCCAGGCCGACGUUCCCCUCGCCGUUGCCGCCAACCUCGCCACCGAGACCGGCAACGUCGACUGGUCCGCCGAGGGCGCUCAGGACUGGGCCGCUGACGGCGCUGCCGAGCAGCCCACCAGCUCUUGGGAGUAA